AUGUCCAGCUACACCGUCCGCAACGUCGGUGCGCUCAACACCCUCGAGUGGAGGGCCUUCAUCGAGAAGGAUGGCGUCCCGGUCUCGCCCUUCCACGAUAUCCCUCUCUAUGCUGAUGAGAAGAAGACCAUCCUCAACAUGAUCGUUGAGAUCCCUCGCUGGACCAACGCGAAGCAGGAGAUCUCCAAAGACGACUUCAUGAACCCCAUCAAGCAGGACACCAAGAAGGGCAAGCUUCGCUUCGUCCGCAACUGCUUCCCACACAAGGGCUAUCUCUGGAACUACGGUGCUUUCCCACGCCCAGAGAACCAGUUCGCCUUCUCCGGCGAGUGCAAGAACGCCAAGUACGCCAUGGACGUCGUCAAGGAGUGUGCUGAGGCCUGGGAGAAGCUCAUGUCCGGCCAGUCCCCCGCUAACGGCAUCUCUCUUGCCAACUCCACCCUCGACACCAACCGUGCUGAGCCCGCCAAGCUCGAGGCCAUCCCAUCUGCCUCCAACCUCCCACCUGCUCCCAUCGACGGCAGCAUCGACAAGUGGUUCUUCAUCUCCGGUGCCUCUGUCUAA